AUGGUGCUUUCCGUGAUCUCGUUCAUCAUGUCGUUCAGGAAUAUGGGCUUGCGCCGCGCGACGUUUCACGGGCAUCUUUCAGCCAGAGACCAUUCACUUCUACCGCGAUGCUGCUCUUCAACAAGUCACAUAUCCAAUUCUUUGCGAUCUCGUCAAACACUGUAUAGAAGUUGUGCUCUGGACUUUAAAACUGCACAUGCCGCCAAUGCGGUUCUUCAGAUGUUAGAAAAGGAAGACGCUUCUCACCUCGGUCUCGGUGAUAUCUAUUCCCUCUUCGUAAGGUAUCAGCAAUCCAGCAUACUUGCGUCCUGGAUCCUGCUGCCUAUUUCUCACAGACUGUUGCGGACAAGUGAACGACAGAAGCUUCCGUUGUACAACAUGCAAGGCAAUUUGGAGACCGACGCCCCUGUUCUCGAUAUCGAGUUCUCGGCCGCCAAUAUAACGACGCACACCUGUCUUACCGGCAGCGAGAGAGAGGCUAUGCAGUUCAGCAAUGAAGCAUUGGCGUGUCUGGGUGUCGAGCACUACUACGUGUCGGACUCCGACAAGCGCACUUUGUUAAACUCCUUUUUGGUUGAUCUUCAACCUUCUGUGGCACAAGGCCAGGUCCCCGUUCUUUGGGUAUUCCAAAUCUACACUGCGAGUAGCCACAACGGAUCUCGUGAAGGGUAUGCGUCUGAGAAACAUCCUGGGCUCGCUGAAGAGAGGGGUUGCGACAAACGACUAGCCAUCGGUCAACGUCAAGGACAAUUAUGUUUAUGUUGUCCCCCAUGA